AUGACAGAACAAAUCCUUUCCGGCAAAACAGCCGUUGUCACGGGCGGUGCUAGUGGUCUUGGAAAAGCGAUUGCAGCCAAAUACCUUGAAGCCGGCGCCAACGUGGUCAUCUGCGACAUCCAUGAUGAACGUCUACAACAGACUUCAACCGAACUAUCACCUAAGGGAACACUGAAGGCAAUCAAAACCAAUAUCGCCGACCAAAAUGAGGUGGAGAGUCUAUUCGAACAGAUAAUCAAGGCAUUCGGCAAGAUCGACAUCCUCGUGAACAAUGCCGGUAUCAUGGAUAAAUUCGAUCCAGUCGGCGAUCUGGACCCUGAACUUUGGAAUCGAGUAAUGGCUAUUAAUCUUACGGCGCCGUUUCUUCUGAGUAAACUGGCGGUUGGCAAUAUGUUGGCACAGUCAGUGCCAGAUGGUCGAAUUAUCAAUAUUGUCUCUGUGGCUGGACAAACAGGUUGGGCUGCUGGUGCCGCUUAUACUGCUAGCAAGCAUGGUGUUGUUGGAUUGACUAAGAAUACUGCUGCCUUCUAUGGUACGAAGGGCAUUCGCUGCAAUGCUCUGAUGAUGGGUGGAAUGCACACGAAUAUUUUCGAGUCGAUGCAAUCAGGUGUGAAUGUGGAGGGCUUCCAAAAGUCUGCAGCUAUUAGGGAAGCAAUCGGUGUUCCGUUGUGUGAAGUGGAUACUGCUGCUGAGUUAUGUUUGAACUUGAGUAUUGGGAAGGGAUUCGGUAUUGUCAAUGGAGCUUGCAUUGCUGCUGACAAUGGCUGGACCUCUAUUGUUUAA